AUGAUGUAUGGUGGUGGCGGUUCUCAACAAGUUAUGAUUCUAAAUGCAGGUACAAAACGAAAUCAAGGGAAAAAAGCCCAAAUGAGCAAUAUUUUCGCAGCUAAAACAAUUGCUGAUACGAUUCGUACUUGUCUUGGUCCACGAGCAAUGCUCAAAAUGGUACUUGAUCCUAUGGGUGGUAUUGUUUUAACAAAUGACGGCAAUGCUAUUCUACGUGAAAUUCAAGUUCAACAUCCUGCUGGUAAAUCAAUGAUUGAAAUCAGUCGAACACAAGAUGAAGAAGUUGGCGAUGGUACAACAAGUGUUAUUAUUUUAGCUGGUGAAUUACUAGCUCAAACAGAGCAAUAUCUUCAACAAGGUUUACAUGCAACAGUAAUUAUUCGUGCUUAUCGAAAAGCCCUUGAAGAUUGUGUUGAAAUAAUGAGAACAAAAGCUAGUAUACCAAUUGAUAUUAACAAUCGUGAGGAAAUGCUACGCGUUGUUAAAAGUUGUAUUGGCACAAAAUAUUUAUCAAGAUGGAGUGAUUUGGCUUGUCAAAUAUCACUUGAUGCUGUACAAACUGUAAUGAUCGAUGAGAAUGGACGCAAAGAAAUUGAUAUUAAACGAUAUGCUCGUUUUGAAAAGAUACCAGGUGGUUCCAUUGAAGAUUCAUGUCUACUUAAAGGAGUUAUGCUUAAUAAAGAUGUUCUUCAUCCAAAAAUGAGAAGACGCAUUGAAAAUCCACGCAUUAUUUUACUGGAUUGUUCACUUGAAUACAAGAAAGGUGAAAGUCAAACAUCCCUCGAAUUUAGUGGUGAACCUGAUUUUACCCGUAUGUUACAAUUGGAAGAAGAAAGCAUUCGUGAAAUGUGUCAAGAUAUCAUUGCUCUUAAACCUGACGUUAUUGUUACUGAAAAGGGAAUAUCUGAUGUUGCUAUUCACUUUUUGGCUGCUGCUGGUAUAUCGGCUUUACGUCGUGCAAAGAAAUCCGACAAUAAUCGAAUCUCACGAGCAACUGGUGCUAGCAUUGUCAAUGAGACAUCCGAUUUGAAAGAACAAGAUGUUGGUACAGGUUGUGGCUUAUUUGAAAUAAGAAAAAUUGGCGACGAAUAUUAUGCAUUCUUCGAUCAAUGUAAAAAUCCGAAAGCUUGCACAAUCAUCUUACGUGGUGCAAAUAAAGAUGUUUUAAAUGAAAUCGAACGAAAUUUUCAUGAUGCAAUGAAUGUAACACGCAACGUCAUGCUUGAACCACGAUUAACACCAGGUGGGGGCGCUGUUGAAAUGGCGCUUUCUAGAGCCCUCGAUGUCAUGAGUAACAGUCAGAGUGACGUGAAAGAUGAUUUUUUUCAAGGAGUUGAAAAAUAUCCUUAUAAAGCAGUUAGUCGUGCAUUGGAAAUUAUUCCGCGAACAUUAAUACAAAAUUGUGGUGCUAAUGUUAUAAAACAGUUAACAGUACUUCGUGCUAAACAUCAUCAAGAAGCAGAUCAAUUUUCAUGGGGCAUUGAUGGUGAAACUGGUCAAAUAGUUGAUAUGCAUCAAUUUGGAAUAUGGGAACCGAUUGCUGUUAAAAUGCAAACAAUCAAAACAGCCAUUGAAACCGCUAUUUUAUUACUUCGCAUUGAUGACAUUGUAUCAGGUACAAAGAAAGCAAGUACUUUAACAGAAGGAUCAGGACAAGGUGACGGAAAGCGAAAGAAAGACGAAGAAGAGAACAAAGCAACCGACGAAUCGAAUAAAGAUUGA